CAAGCCAGUCAGUGAACAACUGUCAUGCAGCAAGCAAAUGAUCUAUUUUAUUGUACUGUAUUAUCAAUGGGAUUACAAUAAUUGAAUUAUCACAGAUUUUUGUACUAUUUAAAAACAAAUUAUAAAUUAAGAUGACCCUUUACCAUUUCGGCAAUUGCCUAGCAUUAGUGUACGCGCCAUAUCAUAUGGCAUAUAAGUUUUCUGGCAUAUCUGAAUACUCAACUUUUUCAAAAUGUGUGUACGCGGGUGGAUUGUACAUUUUCACGCAGCUUUGCAAGAUGCUGCUGCUCGCCACCUUCUUCCCCGACUCUGACGGCAGCCAGGUGGAGGGCGAAUAUAAUGUGUUCUUGGAAAUCCUGAAAGCAACAGUGGAUUUUGCAGACUUACUAGGUCUAUACUUUGCUAUGAAUGCAGUGCCAGGCAAGGGUCAUGCGAAGAUUCUCACUGCUGCCAUUGGAUGGGCCAGUGCUGAGGUGUUAGUGACGCGCAGCGUGCCGCUGUGGGUAGGCGCGCGCGGGUCCGAGUUCGACUGGCGCUACGUGCGGUCGUGUGCUGAGUCCAAUGUGGCGCUGCUGGCGCACGCAGCAGCUGCGGCGCUCGUGUGGCUAGCGCAGCGUUCCGACCUGCCGCGUGCGCACGCGCCACUCGUGCUGGCGCUGCUAGUGCUGAGCCCCUACCGCGCGCUUCUCGAGGACGCCGUGGGUAGCCUGCUGGCACUGAGCGCCUGGGCUCUACUCGCUCUGCGUGCUGUCCACGCCGCCGUCGUCGGCCUCACCGCUCUUGGGAUGUAUGCCGUGUUGGUGCAGCAGAUAGGGAUAUGAUUUACAAUAUAUUAAAUUACUCUGGAUAUUUAAUUUUCACAAAUUAUAGGUACUUUUGUUUCAGUUUAAGUUAAAUGAAAUAAGCAUUAAAUUAUUAUUAUUGA